AUGGCCGAGCAGCUGAAUAUAACGCGUUUGCCUCCUCUGACUGUACCAUCGCUCUCUGUUGCUGCCUCGUACGACCAGCAUCGGGGGAAGGGCACCCCCCUUAUCAUUGACAACGGCUCGACGCACUUGCGCUUUGGGUUCUGCACAUCCAAUGGUCCGCGCAGCCAGUCGAAUGCUGUGGCAAAGUACAAGGAGCGCAGGACGAACAAGCCAUUGUUACUCUUUGGUGAUGGAAUCGAGGCGGAGGGCGGAGCAAAGUCACAGGUGAAGACGCCAUGGGAGGGAGAUGUACUGCUCAACUUCGACGCUCUGGAGAACGCGCUCGACUACGCAUUCAUACAGCUCGGGAUCGACACACCGUCCAUUGAACACCCCGUCCUCAUGACUGAGCGCCUAUGCUCGCCCCUGCAUUCCCGCUCACUGACAUCCGAACUGAUGUUUGAGCAGUACUGCGUGCCGUCGCUUGCAUUCUGCGUAGACUCGGUCAUGUCCUUCUACUACAACAACCUGCCGUCACCGCCCGUGCCCUUUUCCUCCGACGGCCUUGUAGUCUCGUUCAACACCGCAUCGACUUCCGUCAUUCCAGUCUUGAACGGUAAGGGCCUCAUGAGCCAUGCAAAACGAAUACCAUGGGGCGCGAGCCAGGCGACGGACUACCUACUGAAGCUUAUCCAACUGAAGUAUCCGACAUUUCCGACCCGCGUGACGACUAUGCAGACAAAUUGGAUGCUACAGAAUUUUUGCGAGUUCUCUAUCGAUUAUCCCGGACUGCUGCGUAGGCUCAAGGAUCCACUGAGCAUGCGUGCAUCCGAGCGAAUCCUACAAUUUCCCUUCACGCUCCCGACAAUUGAGGAGAAGACAGAGGAGGAACUAGCACGAAUCGCAGAACGCAAGAGAGAGCAAGGUCGUAAACUGCAAGAGAUCGCAGCGAAGGCAAGGCAGGAGAAGUUGGCACAGAAGGAGAAUGACUUGCAGCAUAUGCUAAGCUUGCGAGAAAGGCGCGAUGAGGAGAGUAAAAAAGAGUGGGCGGUACGCAACACUCUUCAAGAAGAAGGGUUCGAUGACGAUGCAGAACUUGACAGCGCGAUCAAAAAGCUCGAGAACGACCUCAAGAAAGUGCGCAAGAAAGACGCUGACGGUGAUGAACUAGAGGACGAGCCGCCAUCAUUCCCACUUUUAGACGUCCCGGAUGCAGAUCUUGAAGAAGAUCAGCUUAAAGAAAAGCGCAAGCAACGCUUGAUGAAAGCCGGCUAUGAGGCGCGCGAACGGGCCAAGCGUGAGAAGGAACGUGAGCGAGAGGAGCGGGAGGCAGAGGAACGGCGAGAAGUCGAAGAACGAGAGCGCGACCUAGCCGGUUGGGCGAGCAAACUUAAGAAGGAGCAAGAGGCGAUCAUGAACAAGAUCAAGGAGCGGAACCGACGGCGGGCGGCGCUCAACGACAGGAAAAGCGCCGCUGCACAGGCGAGGAUGAAGAGCAUCGCAAAUCUGGCAGCCGAUGAUCGCGUGCCGAAGAAACGGAGAAAGGGCGGAGGUGAAGAUUUGUUCGGCGCUGACGACGCGGACUGGGCCAUAUAUCGCAAAAUCAACAAUGCUGCACCUUCAUCUGACGAAGAAGAGGAUAUGGUCACACUACAAGCUGUAGAGCAGAAGCUGCUUCAGCACGAUCCAUCCUUCACACAUGAGCACACACAUGCGUCGCUAUCUGCGCAACGGUCGGCGCUGCUUACCGCAUUUAGACCACAAUAUGACGAUGGCGAUGUUGAAGGUAAAUCACGAAUUCAUCUCAACAUUGAACGUUGGAGGGUGUGCGAAGCGUGGUUCUCGCCGAACAUGGCAGGCGUCGACUCGGCCGGGCUUGGAGAGAUCAUGCAGAACGUUCUCUCGCGGUUCUCCGACCAGGAGAAAGGGCGACUGGUCAAGAAUGUGUUCGUCACCGGAGGUCCAUCACAGCUUCCGGAGCUCGUUCCGCGGAUGCAGGCGAUGCUGCGGCCUAUUCUCCCUCCCGAAAUGCCGCUAGAGAUUGUGCGCGCUGCAGACCCGAUGUCUGAUGCUUGGAAGGGAAUGGCAGACUUCGCGAAGACAGAUGAGUUCACGAAGGUCGGUGUCACGAAGGAAGAGUACGAAGAGUGGGGUGGAGAGCGAAUCAAACGGUGGUGGGGUGGGAACUGGAAUUCGUCUAUUCCUCUUGAAUAG